GUGAAAAUGAAGGGGAAGUGCUGCAGAUACCAUUUAUCACAGACAAUCCUUGCAUCAUGUGCAUUUGCCUGCACUCCAUCUCUGAAAAUUGAGUGAAGAGGAAGAAAGGAAAUUUUAAAAAAGCAGAAUGGUGGUCCAUGUUAAAAGCAAUGGUUUGGAAGAAGAUGUAAAAAACCCAACAAUUGCUCCUUGUUUGAAUAAAGAAGUGACAUGCAAACGAGAGAAGUGCCCAACACUUUCCAAGGAGUGUGCUCUGGUCGUUAAGCAGAGAGGAGCCUGCUGCGAGCGAUGCAAAGUGAAUACAUAUACGGAUGCUUUUUCAACUUGCUUUCAGACAAGGUGCACUUUUGAAGGAAAUGCCUACAACAGCUCUAUGAAAUGGCAAGUUCCAGCCAGGCCAUGUGUCACAUACCAAUGUCAGGAAGGAGUGAUAACAGAAUCCGAGAUCCAGUGUGUGGUUUAUUGCAAAAACCCUUCUAAACAGAUGGGGAUAUGUUGUCCCACAUGUCCAGGUUGUAUAUUUGAAGGUAGACAUUACAAGGAAGGGGAAGAAUUUCAGCCAGAAGGGAACAAAUGCAUUAAGUGCUCUUGUAUUGGAGGCAGGACACAGUGCAUACAAGAAGUCUGUCCUAUUCUGUCAUGUCCCCAGCACCUCAGUCACAUUCCUUCUGGACAAUGUUGCCCCAAAUGUGUAGGCCAGAGGAAAGUAUUUGACCUCUUGUUUGGAAGCUGCCUCUUUCGCAGUGAUGUUUAUGACAAUGGCUCCUCAUUCAUUUAUGACAACUGCACAACAUGUACCUGCAAGGAUUCUACAGUGGUGUGUAAAAGGAGGUGCUCACUUUCUGGAGAAUGCAAUAAGAACAAGGAACACUGCUGCAAGGAGUGCAUCUCAUAUGUCUCUCCUGAGGAAGUGAAAGUGUGCAAGUUCGGCAGUAAGAUAUUCCAGGAUGGAGAGAUGUGGUCCUCCAUUAACUGUACCAUCUGUGCUUGUAUGAAAGGCAAGACAGAGUGUCGCAAGAAGCAGUGCAUUCCAGUCAACAGCUGUCCUCACGGUAAAAUCCUGAACAGAAAAGGAUGUUGUCCUAUUUGCACUGAAAAGCCUGGAGUUUGCACUGUAUUUGGAGACCCCCACUACAACACUUUUGAUGGACGGACAUUUAACUUUCAGGGAACAUGUCAGUACGUUUUGACAAAAGACUGCUCCUCCUCUGCCUCGUCCUUCCAGGUGCUGGUGAAAAAUGAUGCUCGUCGGACCCGAUCUUUUUCUUGGACAAAAUCUGUGGACCUUGUGUUGGGCAGAAAUACAAUCAGUCUCCAGCAACACCUUACUGUGAAGUGGAAUGGGACCCGGAUAUCACUCCCUUGUAAGACACCACAGUUUCAGAUCAACUUGGAUGGUUAUUUGCUGAAAGUAACAACCAAAGCAGGUUUAGAAAUCUCCUGGGAUGGGGACAGUUUUGUUGAAGUCAUGGCAGCACCUCAUUUGAAGGGCAAACUCUGUGGUUUAUGUGGCAACUACAAUGGACACAAGAGAGAUGACCUGAUUGGAGGUGACGGCAAUUUUAAGUUUGAGGUGGAUGAUUUUGCUGAGUCCUGGCGCAUCGAGUCAAAUGAGUUUUGCAGUCGCCCACAGAGGAAACCUGCACCUGAACUGUGCCAAGGAACAGUGAGGGUAAAACUCAGAGCCCACCGGGAAUGCCAGAAACUGAAAGCCUGGGAGUUUCAGAAUUGUCACUCAACAGUGGAUUGUACUAACUUCUACCGGUCCUGUGUGACAGACAUGUGUGAGUGUCCAGUUCACAAAAACUGCUACUGCGAGUCUUUCCUUGCCUAUGCCCGGACCUGUCAGAGGGAAGGUAUCAAAGUCCAAUGGAAACCUGAGCAGAACUGUGCAGCAACCCAGUGCAAGCAUGGCGCAGUUUAUGACACCUGUGGCCCUGGAUGUGUCAAAACAUGUGACAACUGGAAUGAGAUUGGUCCAUGCAACAAGCUGUGUGUUGCAGGUUGCCACUGCCCAGCAAAUCUAGUGCUUCUCAAAGGAAGAUGCAUCAAGCCAGUCCUCUGUCCACAACGGUGACGUUAGUUUUAUCUUCAAGGACUGUAAUAAUGGUGUCUUUGAUACCUUUGAAACUCACAGCCAAUGAAGGACUGCAAUGUUUGUAUGCAGAUUCUGCAAAGUACACGCACCUUCACAAAAUGUGCAUGUGUGUGUGUCUGUGUAUUUAUAUGUGUCUAUAUACACACAUGAGCAUGUAUAAAGAUAAAUAAGAAUAUACUGUGUGUACAUAGAUGUACAUAUCUAUACACAAGUACACAAUAUAUAUAAAUACAAGAC